UCUCCCUGUUACCUGUACGAUGUAAAGUCUGUGCUGAAUUCAUUAAAGAGCACGGUUCCUUUAUGCGGACUGGUUUAUUACCGGCCGCUACUACAGAAGUGAUUAUUUUGGCCAUAACUUGAACAUAACUGAAUGGAACUGUUAUUUCUAUUCUCGGAUAUUCAAAGAUGUUCUUCUCGUAAAGUAAAGCAGCUUUUAAUUCUACCCUGCUUGAUUCCCAGGCUCGUCCUCGUAGCUUAUAACACUGAUCUCAGAUCUGUGCUCGUCAUCAGCGUAUAUUUAAAGCCCAGGUAACCGAAACGGAUCCAUUGUGUUCCGGUGUCCCGUCCCGCAGACCUACAUCUGAAAUGUCCGCUGCAACGUCUGUAUCGCUCAUCAGGAAUGUGCUGUCAGUCUGCCUCCUCGUUUCAAUCCGUGCAGACCAGAAAAUCAUCACAGCUGAGAGUGGACAGGCUGUCACUCUACCAUGUCGAGCUCCAAACAACAACAUCAUAGUUGUAGAGUGGAGCAGAGCUGACCUGGAAUCAGAUUAUGUCUUUUUGUACCGCGAUGAGCAGUCUGAUCCAGAAGAGCAGCAUCCAUCUUUUAAGAACCGGGUGGAUCUGCAGGACAGACAGAUGAAGGAUGGAGACGUGUCUGUGAUUCUGAAGGAUGUGACGAUUAAUGAUGCUGGAACAUACGAGUGUCAUAUAAUCAUGAGAGAAACAUACUCAUGGAAACCCAUCAGCAUCAUCUACCUGAGAGUUGUUGAUCCUCCAGGUCAGCCAGGAGGAGACACAGAGGAUGGAGGGAAGGAGGAUUACUUUCGCCAAUUUAUAUUUUGCUUGGUAGUUUUUCUUGUAUAUGUUGGGAUUGUUGUUUAUGUGAUCUUCAUGAUACAUAAACAAAAACAGAAACAGGAUCCCCAUUAAUCUUGUGCUGAACGGCAGCAUGCAGAAAUGCCAGGAUGUGUUUUUCAAGCAGUACUCUCCUGCAGCUCUCAGUGUUCACGCUGAGCCUUCAGGGAAAGACAGAUGACAGAAAUGGACAGGCUCGGGAAUUCUGAGCAGUCGCCGUCAUGAUGUUGUUCAUGUAAAACCGACAACAUGACCAAAAGGCAGACACCAACAGGCAAAAAGGAGGAAAAUGCACAAAAUAAAUCAGCCAUGUGAAGGCCAGUAACAAGGUAUGAUACAGAGAGAAGCUAAACAAAGGUUAUUAGGAGGGGUUGAGCUAUUAAAAGCAGAAAGAAUGAUCGCUUUCAUUUUUCAUUUGUAGUUUUAGGAGCUCCCGAUGCUCAAAAUUUACAACAUUUUCACAGAACUGUAAUAAUAUACUUACUGUAGUUGUACUAAACUGUGGAUGUUAAAAAUAAA